AUGCAGCACCAGCAGCACCAAAGUGCUCUGUCCUGUGAACAACCAGGCACCACAGUGGAGGCGCCUCCAGAUCCAAACGGAAAGGCAUGCUUGAGUACCGGGGUGCUGCUUUGGGGCCACGGGUCAUCCAGGCCGUGGCCCCCAGUUUGGGAAGUCCUGGCAGAAGGAGGACCCGCUUCCCUGCCGGUGGAGCGUUUACAACAAGGACAACGUCUAUGCCCCGCCCAUGGGCACGGCCUGGCCCAGACCAGUCUCGCAGGGACGGCACUCACUCCGGGCCCCAGGGAGGCCUCUGGCCUCCCUCCUCCCUCUUUGUUCUGCAGACACCUGCAGGAACCUCCUUGGCCAAACCCCAUCCUCUUUAUGAGAAGACAACGCAAGCAGCUGCUCCUCUUUCGUCUGAGCCUCUCCACCCCGGGCCCUCACCAAGGGGUGAAGGCCAAAGGCCCCCUCCUCUGCGUGCUCUGCGAGAGCACAGACCCCCCUACGAGAGCAAGGUCGACAGACCCCCGCCUGCCCGGGGCUCUUGUGACUGAGGCCCAACCUGCCCCAGCCUCGCUGGUGCUGCAGCAGAAUUAG